AUGACCACUCGAACAGCACUGAAGAAUCGACGCGCAUACAUCGACAGGCGGUGCUUACUAACUGAGGUUAUGGAGCCGGGGACUGAAAGUUCUGGCACAGCUACAUCCGGCGUUUUGGAUUAUGACAAUUACAUCACGAAAGUUCGUGAACAGCUCGCGAAAGAAACUAAUUUGAGCGUACGCGUUGUUCAAGUCUGGUUCCAAAAUCAGCGGGCCAAGAUGAAGAAAAUUCAGCGGAAGCAAGAAAUGUCGAAAACCUCGACAUGUUCGGAGACGGAUGCGAAAUCCAACGAUGGCUCGAAAUCGAAUUGUGACUCCGUCGAUGGUACUUGCACCUGUCGGCUUCUCAAUUAA